CAUUAGUAGAUAACCAAAACGCAACGGGCUUAUCUAAACGACGUCCUCGUGUUUUACUUGUCAGUUUAGUUCGGCUCUCUACCGCACACACAUCGUUAUACAUACGUACGUACAAAUAUAUUACGAUUGUCAAGUGUAUCUAAAAUGUCUAAUAAACGUAAACGUCAUGUUCUUACGAUGGAACAAAAAAUAGAAAUUCUUGCUAAACUGGACAAAGGAUUUAAUGACUGUAAUUAUGAUGACGCUGUUUAUUGGUUAACAACUGAUGUAAAUGAUCUAGGAUAUCAAAUAUUAGUUAGCGAUGAAAUCAUUUCUUCGUUGCAAAAUGAAGUAAGUGACGACAGCAGUAGUGAUGAAAGUAUGAAUACGUCAAAAGGACCAACAUCUGCUGAAGCAUUUGCUGCAUUUGAAACUGGUCUUGAGUGGUUUCAAAAACAGUCCGAAUGUUGUCCAACACAAUUACUUCUCCUUAUACGUUUGCGAGACUUGGCUGUAGAAAAGCGCGUUGCAGCUCAUUGUAAAAAAAAUAUAAUACAUAUUAUGUAAAUAAAAUAAAUGUAAUGUUUUUCUUAUAAUGUAUGACAAUGUUUCUGAUAAUGUAAUGUAUGUAUGUAGUUCUAAUAAAAUAUUAAUAACAAUAAUAAACAAUUAAUACAUAAUAUGUAAUUCUAAAUUUUUUUUCUAAAUUUCCAAUAUCCGAACUUUUGCGUAUCCGAACUAGGUGCGGUCCCAAUUAGUUCGGAUAAUCGAGGUUCUACUGUAAUAGUAAAUUAUACAAACGUAAUUUUAAAAUAAAUGUCAAUACCUGUUACUACAAGUACCUACUACCUAUAUAAUAGUAGUGCGUAUAGCACCAAAACUGACGCUCAUAUUUACUCUGCAGGGUGUUUUCGAAAAUACAAGCUUAUUUAACUACCUACCCUGCUGGUAAUUGACAUGUCAGUCCGUAAGUGUUUCAAAAGGUUUAAAAACUGAUAUUUUACCACCUUGUGUCCAAUUUACUAUUUUAAAUUACUAUAAAAAUUAACGAAUAACGAUAUCGAUAUGGAUAGAUAAGUUAUUUGAAAUAUAAUUCAGUACCACUAUAAGAUGAUUCCUAAAAGCAACGAAUAUAAUCGAUAUUUUAAAAAUACAGAGUCACAUAC